AUGCUUUGCUCAGGCUUUCUUUGAUGCGCAUCCCCUUCUCUUCUCUUCUCUUCUCCCACCAUAGACCCAGCAGAGAAUUUGGGAUGAAGAAGUGCCACUUCUGCCAGCACGUGGGGUCAGACAUCAGUCCUUAUUUAUCCUAGCUGUGGCCAGGCAGUGUAAUUUAGGGGGAUGUGGAAGCAUUACACCCUUCUGUUCUAACAGCAGUGCAAGGCGGGGAGGGGGGGGUGGGUGUACUGCAUUGUCCUCGGGAGCACAGACCCUCCCCCAGGGCUUUUCAUCCGCCCCUGGGAUGCUGCAAAACAGCCUGCCUCUGCUGGGGACUGGCAUCCCCCGCUUAAACCACCUGGGGAAAAGCAUGCUGCUGUGAUGCCACCACGCCAGCCCUUGCAGCGCCGGGAGGAUUGGAAAGUCCUCAGGCAGCAGGACGGAACUGACGAAUUGCCGUGUGUUACGGCGUCUGUCCUGUCCCUCUUGCUCUCCCCAUCUGCGUACCCACCCGCCGGCGGUUACUCAGCACGUCGGUGGAAAUGAGCCUGUUUUUUCCUGUUAUCGAGUAAGCAGUUAUGACUGUGAUGCUCAAGGACAAACCUCGGCCUCCCACUCCCCCCUCCCUUAACAGCACAAAAGAAACCUACCUAAGCCGUUAUCUUCGCCGGGCGCUGCCAGAGCAGUUUUUGGUUGGCUGGAGCGAUGCUGGGUCCCCCUCCCAGCUCUCCCGCCUCCCACCCGAUAUAAAGCACGGCUCCUCACCGCUUUUCCAGCCGACAGCACACGACUGCGGGCGCAGGUGGUGCCGCAGCCGCCUGUUGCACGCUGCUACCAAGGAACCCAUGAGUUGCUGGGUGCCUGGGUGCCCAGCUCUCAGCAUGUGCCGGGGGUUAGCCACACUCCCCAUCACUUGCCUGGAAAGAGCCAAGGAUCUGAAGACCCGCUUAGGGAUCCUGCUUCAUAAACCGGAGCUGGGACACAGGAUCGGGACCUCCAGCAAGCUGCAACUGGGCUCCAGGCGGAGAGACUCCUCACGAGACGUACUUGAAUGGAGGGAGUCCUUUGACCAGCUGCUGAAGAGUAAAAGUGGGGUGACAGCCUUCCACACCUUCCUGAAGACAGAGUUCAGCGAGGAGAACCUUGACUUCUGGCUGGCGUGUGAGGACUUCAAAAAGACCCGGUCGAAAACCAAGCUGGCCUCCAAGGCCAACAGGAUCUUCGAGGAGUUUGUCCAAAGUGAGGCACCCAGAGAGGUGAAUAUCGACCACGAAACCAGGGAGAUCACCCGCAAAAACCUCUCAGGUGCCACCUCCGCUUGCUUCAACGAAGCCCAGGCUAAAACCCGCACUUUGAUGGAGAAGGACUCCUACCCCCGGUUCCUGAAGUCUGCCUCCUACCAGGACAUGACCAAACAGGCCACCAGCUGCAGCAUCAGCAAGCGGUCGCAUACCUGACCUGAGCCCGAGUUGGCCACGGGGGGACGAGCCGGGGGACGAGGCAGAGCUUGAGAGAGGGUUUGUGAGGGCUGAGGUCCAUGCGACGGGGUUUUGGCUGAAGUCUUGGCAUUUUAGCAGGAUCCCCAGGACCCCAAGUGCUUCCUGCUUCCCAACAAGCUGCUGGGAAAAGAGGUCCUCGCUCCCCGAAGGAGCGGAGCGGGUGGGAACCCGAUGCCUCCCCUUGCAGCAAGGCUGGAGACCUGCACCAUCACAGGGACACAAAGAAAUCAAAUUUGAGUUGCAAGCCUGGGAAAAAGACAUCAGAUUCCCCUGAGCAUCUGUAACUGGAGAGCUCCCACCUGCUCUCAGGACCCUGCCUUGGACCUGCGGCAUCAGGAGCCUCCAAUUCCUGCCCUGCCCAGGGCGACAACCCUAGACGUGCCCACAGGGCUUUUCCUAUGAGGGAAUGGCCAGAAUAAAGUCCCAAAGACUAUGUGGCAUUUUCAGACGGAGGGACCCUGUGCCUAACUUCUCCUGAUCCUGAGAUCCUUCUGCCGUUUCCUACGCAUGUUCUGCAUCAAAGCUUUACAUCUUCUAGUAGAGAAUAUCCCUAGCAGUGAUGUUUUUAUCCCUUGCUUAAGAUACAUGACCUUUAGAUUGCACAUAAUCUUAGGCCACAUGCAUAACAUUUUAUUACUGCUAUUGUUAUUUAUUUUAUCAUUAUUAUAUACAUAUAUAUAUAUAUUUAUUAGAAGAGCACUGCUGAAAGUAUACAUACUUCCCUUGCUCCCAGGUGCUUGUAAAUGGAAUUAUUUUAGAUAUUGUAGCACUUAGCAUGCUUCUCACCUUUUCUGUAUAAUAACUUGAGAGAUGACCAGGCAGAUCUGUAACAUGAAUGAAUAGAAGUAGCGAGAGCUGCAGUCCAGCAAGGACUGUGGGAGGGGUCCAAGGCGGCAGAUUUCCCGUGAGCUCGGAGGACCUUUGGUGGCAGUAAAAGGAUGCUUUGCAGUCUGUGCUGUUUACUUUCUCCCCUUAAAGAUGUGGACAGCAUCUUGGCACACAGAUGUGUCCUAGGCAGAGAAUAGCGAUGUAAAACAGGCACUUUGGUGAGUGAUCCUGUUGAAAACUUAUUUUUUACACAUGGGAGAGAAGACCUGGGGCUUUUCACUGGUUUAAUAUUGGGUUUGGUGUUCCCUUGGCUGGUGAAACCAGUCUGCAGCCACAGCGCUUUACCAGAAACCCAGGGAGCCGAACAAAACAGUGGGUGUGUGCCAUGAAUUCAGCGUCUUGGGGAGGGGGCAGCAGGACACCUCACCUGCUCAGACCCGUGGGGUGAGGUCUUCAGAAAAGCCCUCUGAGGAGGGAUUUCUGAGUCCCACAGCCACCCUGGGGAAGCUGUGGACCCCUUUUGACAGCAACAGUGCCAGCAGCUGUGUGGGUGGGUGACGGGGAACCCACGGCUGUCCUGCGCUGGGUCACGGGGAACGUGCCACCGGCAUCGUUUCCUACUGGGACAGCCUGGGGCUGCCACAUGUGCCUCUAUCUCUAAAGAGCAAACCUUGAGGUCCUUAUCCCGCUGGUACUCACUCCUUCCCGAGAGAACCAUCUUUUGCCCUCCCGAGCACUAGCCGAAGCACAGGAUCACUCGGGCUUUUUGUGGAUGUUUGAGCAGAGCAAGGGACCGAGGGCCAGUUUGGGGACAGUAUUCUGAGUCCUCUUCCACCUUCCCCAUCCCGGUUCUACCUCUGAGCCUCGGUGGGUCCUGGCUGUGUUUACAGGGAGAUUUUAGCUGCUUUCUUAUUUAUUAUUUAUUUUUACAACUGGAACCACCUUUGUUGUGUUACUGAAGUGAAUGACGCACAAUGCUCAGUCUUCAUUACUAACAUAGUACCGUCGUUAUAAAAUAAAAUGUAAAGAGCAAAAUACUGUGACAACAUGGUUUUUUUGGUUGUGGCUUUCAAUUAAUUUUUAUAUUCUAAUUUUGAAUGAUUUGCAAAGCAUACUAAAACAAGCUGCUUGUGUUGGAUGGCUCAAGAGGCAUUUAUAGUUGCUUUAAAAGUUGCAGUGUUAGAAACAGAAAAGGAAGAGCAAGACAUGCGAAGAGAAAAUCUUCAUGGUAUUCAGCUUAUUGAAGAGAACUGAACAGUUCACAGCAAGAAUGAAAGCAGAAGUUAAGUUUUUAAUGUAUUUAUUGCCAGGGUGUUCAGUACUGUUUGUGUCGCUUGCCAUUUUCUGAGAACUUUACAGGACUGCUGUUCCCAUUGCCUAAUUAAUAUCAGUAAGACCCCACUGUCUUAAAAGCACGGGAGGAUUCAAGUAAGGGCUGCUGUUUGCAAAAACUGCUUUUGGGUUGCUGUCAUAAAUAAUACUUGACUUUUAUCAAUAACUCACCUGAGGAUUGAGUUCACUUACAAGAGGGAAUAUAUCUGGUGUUAGAGGGGUUAAUAGAAAACAUCCUACCUCUGUCGCAGCAUGUGCUGUCUCGGAGGUCUGAGCAGUCCCCUGUGACCCUGUGGGAUGGUUUGGGAGGGCAGAGGGGGGGUGCGUGCUGUGUGCUCCUCCGGGGACUGUGGGAGCACUGGAGGGCUCCCUGCGGCACGAGCCAUGCAGGGAUGGGAGCAUCCAAGUGUAGCUCAGAGAUGCUAAUGCUCCAAAUAAAAACCAAACCAAA